CCAACACGAAUGUCAGGACUCAGGAAAGAACAACAUUCAUCCAGUGCAAACUCGUUGGGAUUAAUUUUCCGCCGUAAUAUUCAAAGCAAUUAGAUUUAUAUUGUUUACCUUGAAGCACUUGAAGGUGGAAAAGCGAACAAUGAGCUUUAAAUCUCACCCUCAAGACAAAGCGAACUUCAUCUCUAAGUUAACGCUUUGGUGGAUUUUUGAUCUGUUGUGGGUAGGAAACAAAAUUCCCCUGAAUCAUGACAAUCUUGAUCCCUUAAAGGAGAAUUACCGCGCUCAGUAUCAAGUCAAGCGCUUGGGAAAGGUUUGGGCAAAUGAGAUGAGUUCAGCAAAACGAGAGAAUAGGAAACCAAAACUUUGGAAAGCGAUGCUGAAAUUCUAUACAUGGAACGAAUAUGGAAUUUUAUGCUUUCUUGGUCUUUGCUGCAUUGGAGGAGAUAUUUUUUAUCGGUACUUUGUUUUAAAACUUAUAUUUAUGUUGAGAAGUAGUACUUUCGCGCAUGACAUGCCAUCCGGUAAAAGCUCUCUUGCUUACUUAUGGGGGAUGAUUGUUGGUGCUUUAGUUGAGAUAUAUGGCACACGACACUUCAAUUUGGUCACACCAGUCCUAGGAAUAAAAGCCAGAGGGGCUGUCGUAGGUUUGAUCUAUCAAAAGGUGUUGAAAUGUAGUAAGACAAUGAUAUCUGUAGGGGAAGUGAUGGAAUUGAUAUGUAACGACACCCAACGUUUGGUCAUGAUGGCAGAUAGAUCUUUACCAUACAUGAUUCGAAAGUUGAUUAUAGCUUUUAUAUACACCUGUUGGCUGUCAAUGUAUCUUGGUUGGAAAGUCAUUCCGGGCCUUUUUGUAUUUGUCCUCCUCACAGCAUUGCGUGUUUUAGUUACGGAUAUCGACGUGAGAUUACGGCAAAAUGCUUCAGACGUUGCAGAAAGACGUCUUGGAUACCUACAGGAAUUUCUUACCAGCGUUAUUUCCACGAGGCUCAAUUGUUUUGAAUACAUCCAUGAGAGUAAGAUUAAACUAACGAGAUGGGAAGAAAUCAAAUCCAAAGCAAAGCGCUGGUUCAUUUUGUCCAUCAGUUUUACCUUUAACAUGUGUGGACAACAAGUUGCAACAUUCUUCACAAUCAUAAUUCUCCUAUUCACCGACAGCUCAAUGAUUACAUUUAACACAGUAUUCACAAUGAUGAUGUUGUUUUUAGGCCUGAGUAACACUCUUCUUAAGGCCACGCCACUCGGAAUUCAUUUCACUACGGAUAUAAUGACUGCUCUUUCUCGGAUACAAGGUUUCUUUGAACGCUGUGAGAUGACGCAUGCCGCAAUAACUACGAAUCGAUUUAAUCAGAUUAACGUUUCGAAAAGGACCGAAGAUUUAGCUGAAAGGACGAUUGACACAACAAACAUUACAAACGCUACGCCUUACAUUUCGUUAAACAAUUUGUCAAGUAAUCUCCCUGGAGCCGAAAAGGCAAAUUGUAAUGGUACCGUGUCACUGUUAAGCAAUAUUUCUCUUGAAGUAUCAUCAGAAGGAUUGAUUAUUAUAACUGGUCCUGUAGGCAGUGGGAAAUCUUCGCUGUUAGCUAGCAUUCUUGAUGAAGAACUUCCUAUAACCAGCGGUUUUUUAAAACGUUCCGGAAGUAUUGCCUAUGUUUCCGAUAAACCUUGGGUAUCUUCAGGUACCAUUCGUGAGAACAUUUUGUUCGGUUCAAAAUAUAACGAAGGGUGGUACUACGAGACUGUUAGAGCUUGCCAGUUAGAAGAUGAUUUUAUGAGACUGCCGGCACACGAUUUGUCUGUUGUCGGAGAAAGCGGUGCGACUCUAAGCGGAGGACAACGCACACGUAUUGCAUUGGCACGUGCUGUUUACGCGCAGGCGGAUAUAUACCUACUGGACGAUCCAUUGAGUUCUUUAGAUGCCAAAGUCGCUGAAAAAAUUUUAAAAAGUGUUCUUAACGGAAUCCUAUCCGAGAAAAUUGUACUCUUAGUUACGCAGAAAUACUUAAGUGAAGCAGACUACAUCGUAAAAAUGGAUAAAGGUACGAUUAUCGCCCAAGGAACAGUGCAUGAAAUCACAAAGACGCCAGGGAUUGAUAUUGCUGGUGUAAAAGAUCACUGGCAUGAAGAAAUUGAGGACGAAGAUCGGCCUUUGGAAAAAGAUGAUGAUCUAGCACACAGUGAAAUAUUACGGGAGGCUGGAGAAGAUCACAAAGUUGGUAGUGUUUCCUUCGGAGUUUAUGCGAAGUAUUUCCUGUACGGAGCCUCAGGCGUCACGCUUCUACUGAUGUUAUUCGUGGCUGGAGCAGGACAAGGUUUAACGACGUGGAUAGAUAUUCAAGUUUCAUCAUUGCCGAUUAUAAUGGAACAGAAAGAAAAGUUACACAGAAUGUUGACUAUGUAUCCCAUAUAUGUAACAGCUGCCCUUCUAAUCACUAUGCUUGAAGUAUCUUUUACUUUCCUUCUACCGAUCCGUGCAAACUACAACAUCCAUAACAAGAUGACAACUUGCCUUCUACGAGCACCAACUGAUUUUUUUGCCGUGAAUCCAGUAGGACGUAUCCUCAACAGAUUUUCACAGGACAUCAAUAACUUGGACGAUCUUCUACCGUAUAAUUUUUCGUACCUAUUUCAAUGCACGAUCCUGACACUGACUGCUGUAUGCUUGUGCAUUGCGGCCAACGUUUUUUUAACGCUGGCUUUUUUACCGAUAUUCUUGAUAUGUUUUAAAGCGUCAAGAUUUUUCUUCAAACCAGCAAUGGACAUAAAACGUCUAAUGUCGGAAGCAGGAGGUCCGCUGUAUUCCCAUUUUUCGAACACUCUGGAGGGACUGAGGAUUAUUCGUGUUCACAAAAGACAACAAGAAUUCACAAAGGUUUUAUUGAGUCACGUUGACAACCACCACAAAGCUAUGUUUGCUUAUUACGCUUCAGCGCGUUGGUUCGUACUGAUGAUCGAUACUAUUCUCCAUCUUUUCAUGAUUAUUAUCGUAACUUCUGAGUUAUAUUCUGUGAAGGAUUCUACAACUGCAGCUGUUGCAUCGGUGGCUAUUCUGUAUUCAUUUCACAGUAUUAUAUACGUUGGAGAAGCUCUUCGUAGUGCUGUCGAAGUCCAAGCACAGAUGACCUCUGCUGAGAGAAUUCUUGCGUAUACAGAAAUCAAACCAGAACGGGGAAGCGAAAUCAGCGACGAACCACCUGAAGAUUGGCCACAAUUCGGAGGAAUAGAGUUCAAGAAUGUUUCUCUAAGAUAUUAUGAAAAAGGACCCAAAGCUUUAAAAGAUUUAUCAUUCGAAAUUAAAGGUUCCGAAAAGAUUGGCAUUGUUGGCAGAACUGGUGCCGGUAAAUCUUCUUUGGUCGCAGCUCUGAUGAGAAUCGCAGAAACGGAAGGAAGUAUUAUUGUAGAUAAUUUGGAUAUCGCACAUUUUAAUCCCCGAUCAACCCGACAACGUAUUUCUGUUAUUUCACAGUCUCCAGUCCUUUUUAACGGUUCUUUAAGAGAAAACCUUGAUCCAACAGGGAACCACGAUGACUCCGAAAUAUGGAAUGUUUUGGAUCAGAUGCAAUUGGGUCCUCUUGUAAGUGGUUUACCAAAUAAGUUGGAAAAUGUAUGCGCUGGUGGUGGUUCAAAUUUUAGUAUUGGCCAACGACAGCUUAUCCAUCUCGCAAGAGUUUUGUUAAAGCGCAACAAGAUUAUUAUUUUUGAUGAAGCUGCUGGCAAAGUGGGCAAAAAGACCGCGGAACAAAUCCAGAACGUCAUUUAUAGCUUGUUCAAGGAUUGCACAAUGAUAAUUAUCUCUCAUCGUAUCGACACGACUAAGAGGUGCGACAAGAUUAUGGUGUUCGACCAAGGAUCCAUUGUUGAAUUCGAUAAGCAAGACGUUCUGCUUGACAGGAAGAAUGGAUUCUUCGCGGAACUAGUAAGAAUAGGUGGUGCUCGAGAAAAAAAAGACAAUUAACUGUUUCAAGAUAUUUGUCUUGUUGUCUUGUUGACGCCUGCCUUUUUGUAAAUCAAAUGAUGAUGAUAAACUUUAUUUAACCACACUAACAUUGUCAGCUAUAGCUGGUUUCCACAAUGGGCGUGUAAAACUACAAUAAGAUGAUUACAAAUAGAACAAUAGGGAACAAGAGCAUGCAAAUAUUAUAAAUUAUUAUAUACACAAGCGCCAGAUAUGAGGUAUAUGCUGCAAUUUCAUUGGUUGGCUA